AUGAUUAAGAAACCAUUGGCAACUAUGCCAACAUUGAAUAGUCGAAGAAUACGGUUAGUCUUAACAUUGGGUCUACUAUUGCUAUGUUUAAUUAAAACCAUUCAUCUUAAAUUGACAUCACCUUUAAAUCAAGCAUAUUUAGAAUAUCAAGCAUUACAAUUACAACAAUUGAGUAAUUUUAACCCGAAAAAUAAUUUAAUAGAAUUAUUUGAUUAUUUAAAUACUUGGCAUCUUAAUAAUACUUUAAAAGAUCAUCAACACAGCAAUCCAAAAUAUCAAGUUGAUAAAGUAUCUACCAUUGGUGAUUCCCAUGGAGUUUAUUUCCAUUGGGAUGAUUGGGUUGAUUUAUCCCUUGGUAACAAAAAAUUAGAUAAAGUACGACAACGAAAUAGUAAAGGGCAGGAUCACCUGGAUGAUGAUGAAGAUGAAGAUCAACUAGAGGUAGAUGAUAAUGAAUGUGAUGCUAGUUUAUUACAUUAUGCUAAUGUUAAUGCUCAUAGAUUAGAAUCAUUAGAAACAAAACAUAUUCGAGGUCGAUGCCAACUAUAUUGUCUGUUCCCAAUACCUCAAAGAAUUAUUGCUACUACUGACAAUUUAUUUAUUGAAAUACCCGUGAUUGGCAAAAAACGACUUGGCAUACAAGUUAGUACUACUAACAAUGAUAAAAAGUUUACUACAACUACGAAAUUGGUUUCCACAAUGGAAAAUUUACAAAAUAAUUUCCGCCAACACUACCACAACCAACAAAACCUUCAUACCUCUGAAGAACCUCAAUUGCUAAUUAGAAACAUAACACGAUUACAACCAAAAAUUGAUAAUUUAUCUGUCAAAGAUUUUGUUUUCAAUAUAGAUUCAGAAAUUGAAAAAUUACAAAUUGCUAAUCUCACCACUGAAAAUGGACUCAAUCAAACUGAUUUGAGUCGAUUGAAUUUUUAUCAACAAGCUAAUGCAUUAGUUGAUAAAACUGAUAGACAUUUCAAAUAUGCUUGGGUAUUUACUGAUAUUAUUCAAGGUUAUACCCAUCAUAUUGCUUAUCCAUUUUUCAAUCGUUACAUUAGUGAUAGAGAACGACAAUCAGUAUUACAUCAUAUGAUCCGUGUAUGGUUUCAAUUAAUGGAAACCUAUGGAUAUACCAGUUGGAUCAAUUAUGGGAAUUUAUUAGGAUGGAAAUUCAAUGGAUUGAAUAUGCCGUGGGAUACUGAUAUUGAUGUACAAAUGCCAAUUGUUGAAUUAGACAGAUUAGCAAUGAAUUUGAAUCAAACAUUAAUUAUUGAAAAUCCAAGAUUUGGUAAUGCUAGAUAUUGGUUAGAAAUAUCUCCUAGUUAUAUACGUCAAGGGAAUGGGAAAAAUCAUAUUGAUGCUAGAUUUAUCGAUAUUCAUAGUGGAUUAUACAUUGAUAUCACUGGAUUAUCUACUGAAGAAAUGAUACCCGAACCAGCAACAACAACAGCGACAACAACAAAAGGGGAAGUAAACCAAUCUAAUGAGGAUGAAAAUGAUGUUGCAGCCUCUUCUUCUUCAAUUGCUGUGCAUUGUAAGAAUUGGAAUUGGCAUAAAUUGAAUGAAUUAUUACCUUUAAAACAAGCAUUUUUCGAAGGUUCAUCAGUUUAUAUUCCUAAUAAUGUAUCAACCAUCUUGUUGAACAAAUAUGGCGAUGAUGCCUUGAGUGAUUAUAAAUUUCAUAAUCAUAUUUAUUAUCCAGAUAUUUCCAUGUGGAUAAAUAAUGAUAUUUGUCAAUUAGAAAGAAAUACUGGGGUGAUUGGUGGUAUAAAUCUUGGUGUCAAUAUUAAAAAUUGGAACCCAACUACUAAUACUAAUAAUAAUAACAAUGAAGGAGAAGAAAAAUCGCCUAUAGAAUCUUCAUGUGAUUUAAAAUAUAUUCAAGAUGAAUAUAAUAUUAUUAAAGAAUCAGUAAUGAGACAUCAAUAUUUGGAAAAUUUGAAUCUUGAAGAUAAACAACAUCAACAUGAACAACAACAACGCCAAAAAGAAGAAAUGAUUAGUAGGUUGAAUAAUUUACCUAUUUUUAGAAAAGAUCCUUGGGAUUAUUAUUAUGAUAUAAAUCAUAAUUUAGUCACUAAUGAUCGAUGGUAUGUUAAAAUUGAAGAAGUUGCUGUAUAA